AUGGCGCGCCCCGACAAGCGCAUCAAUCUUGCGGUUGCCAGGGCCAUUCCGCCAUUUCUACUGUGUGUAUCGGUCUAUGCAUGCUAUAUCGUCACCAAGCCGUUAUGCAUUGACUAUCUAAUUCACCCUCUCCCGAAAUACCACCGCAGCAGUCGAGUUGGCGCUGGUGCAGCCAUUCUCGCUGUGUUUUACAUACUCCUCAUAGUCGUUAUCAUCACUUAUCUCCGGCUGUUGUAUAAUGUCAUCCGCAACCCUGGCUACCUGACCCGCGCCCCUCCGCCGAUAAAGGGACAAGAUACGGAACCAUCGGACCGGAACCAUCACAAGAAGCGAAGAAGCCGAAAGGGAAGGACCGCCGAAAAACCGGAUAAUACAGAGAUAGACGUUGAAAGGAGCCCUGAUGGCAAUGCUAAUGGCGACGCAUACCUAUUGGAUACGACUUCGUUGGAAAAUUUCUAUACAAAAGAUGUUUUUGUUUGCCAAGAGGAUGGAAGACCUCUGUAUUGCUCAACCUGUUGUCACUACAAGCCUGAUAGAGCACACCACUGUCGGGAGGUAGACCGAUGCGUGCUCAAGAUGGACCACUUUUGCCCUUGGGUAGGAGGCGUGGUCUCUGAAACCUCAUUCAAAUUCUUCAUUCAAUUCGUCUUUUAUACUAUGGUAUUCUGCGUAUUUAGUUUAAUCGUUUGCGCGACCUUCACGGCAGAAAUCAAGCGAGAUACUGGUGGAGCCAAUGUUCACCUGGCCAUUGGUAUUGGAUUGAGCACUCUUUUCGGCCUUUUCACGUUUGGGAUGACACUAAGUUCCUUACAACUUGCGAUGUUGAACUUGUCCACGAUCGAAAAUCUCAACCGUCGGUCCGCAGUAUGGACUUUGGCUAUACGCGUGCCAGACCGGAUGCUGGCCAGACUCAACCCGGAAUCACGGUGGGCUCCGACUUUCCGAACCAUAACUUAUCCCCUGCCACCCACACCCCUCGACCCUGAGGCUGCGAGAGACUAUCAACCAGCAGGAAAACAACAUGUAUUCGCCAUUCUCCAGACUCUCCCUGGUGAGAACCCUUUCGACCUCGGCAGCCCUUUCAAGAACCUCCAGCAGGUCUUGGGUUAUUCCAUCAUCGACUGGUUUCUGCCGCUCAAGCAAAGCCCAUGCGCAGACCGCACUGGGGAAAGCUUCUACGAGCUUGGACCAGUUGUGUCCAGGCUGAAAAAGGAGGCCGGACUGGAACCUCCACGUGAGCCUGCGUCCACAUAA